UCACCGGAACCAAUUAAUCAGUUGCUGGUUGUGGGGAAGGAAUAUAUUGUCGGACUACAACAACAUGGCAGCGCCCUGAGGCACAUGAAACUUCUAGCAUCUAUUUUCAAACGGAUAAUUAUUCUUGUGGCUGGCGAGAAUGGCGGCACCAAUGAAAGCAGGAAAGAAAUCGAAGAAGAAAUCGAUUCCUACGAAGACUUCCCUCAACAGCCCUUUCGAUUAUCGCUGGGUUUCAGUGAGCAAUGACGUAAUGGAUUUUAUCCACAGCACCUUAAAAGAUCGAUUCUCUGAUAUCGGUCUCCAAAAGAGAGAGGUGAAGGUCUUCCGCUCAAGGUGUAAGAAGUUGGGUACGCUUGUAGAAAACCGGGAACCUUCGCCCGCCAAAAUGGAUGUUGUUCAACCUACACCUGCUGAUCCCACGGAUCAGGGCUGGACAGAUGCCAAAGCGAGGAAGCAGCUGGCCAUUGGCAUCAAUGAGGUCACUAAGGGACUGGAGCGGAACGAGCUGUGCCUCGUGUUGGUGUGCAACUCUGUCAAACCCAAACACAUGACACAGCACCUAAUCCCCCUGAGCAAAACCCGCAGUGUGCCAGCCUGUCAGGUGCCAAGGCUGAGCGAGAACCUAGCAGCUGCCCUGGGGCUGAAAUGUGUGCUGGCUCUGGGGUUCAAGCGUGACGCCCCAGCAUUCAAAGACACUGUCUCAGCCAUUGUGCCCAAAGUCCCAUCUGUGGACGUCAGCUGGCUUUCUACACCUGAACAGAAAGCAGGCGAGUCACUGGAGAGACGCGAGGAUAAGGCAGUGGAGGAACAGGAACAGACAAGGGGACUAAAACGCAAACUGGAAGAGACCCCACCUGGAACUCCAGUCCCCCCAUCCUCUGGUUUACAACCUCUGAAAGUAAAGAGGAUCGUUCCAAAUCCUUCCAAAGUACGGAAACCUAAAAAGCAGAAAGUGAAGAAAUGAACUUUUGCCCCAGAAUGUUUUUUGUGUUCUUUUUUUGUUUUUGUGUGAAUAUACAACAGGGCGUGCAAAGCCUGGGGACACUGAAACAAAACCACACACCAGGUAGUCGGUCUCAUAAUUUGGAUGAAUUUAUUCAGUCAAAUCCAUGCUGGUAUAAUUCACUGUGUAUUAUAAUUAAAACAAGUCCCAUAACUUGGAUGAUCGUCAUGUACCUACA